UUUUUUUUUUUUUAAUUUGUAUUGAAAAAGGUGGAAAACAUUGAUCAUGGAUGGAAGGAGCAAGAAUUGAGAUAUUGAAUUGUAUUUAUACCCAAAAAAUCAUGUCAAUCAAAAAAGGGAAAAAAAACAUACAAUGAAAUUUAAAAAGGACAAGAAAGAAAACAAAAAUUAGAAAUGGCGUAUUUAAUUUAUUUAUUUAUUUGAGCCAAAAAUGGCGUAUUUUAAUUUUUAGCAGUAAGCAACUUGUUAAAUAGGCAGCAACCAAAUGGUCCAAAUCCCAUUUCAUUUUCCCUUUUAUCCAAAACCAAAACCCCUCCCAUAAACCCUCACUCAGUUUCCUUCUCCACCCACAUUCAUGGCCGCCACUACCGCCCGAUCGAUCUUCACCCUCCGAUCAGCCGCCGCCUUUCUCCCCAAACGCCUAUAUUUUUCCACUGUCUCCGGUCCGCCGCCCCUCCCCGGCUUUGACCGCCUUCGAAUUUCCGCUCUCCGCGCAGCUACACCCGCACUAUCCCACUCGAUUCGCGUGGUUUCUCCCGCCAGAGUCAAUACGGUCCGAUGCCGAGUUAACCGUUCCGGCUCGUCAUACUCGCCUUUGAACUCCGGUUCGAACUUCAACGACCGCCCGCCCACGGAGAUGGCGCCGCUCUUCCCCGGCUGCGACUAUGAGCACUGGCUUAUUGUGAUGGAUAAGCCCGGUGGUGAAGGGGCCACCAAACAGCAGAUGAUUGAUUGCUACAUUCAAACCCUAGCUAAAGUUGUUGGAAGUGAGGAGGAGGCUAAGAAAAAAAUAUAUAACGUGUCGUGUGAGAGGUACUUUGGGUUUGGAUGUGAGAUCGACGAGGAAACCUCCAACAAGCUCGAAGGUUUGCCUGGUGUUCUAUUUGUUCUCCCUGACUCUUAUGUUGAUGCUGAAAACAAGGACUAUGGAGCUGAACUAUUUGUGAAUGGAGAGAUAGUUCAACGGUCUCCAGAGAGGCAGAGGAGAGUGGAGCCUGUGCCUCAGAGAGCUCAAGACAGACCAAGGUACAACGAUCGAACACGUUACGUCAGGCGUCGUGACAAUAUGAGGUGAAGAGUGCGUGCCGCUUUGGCAUGAGAUCGGACCAUGCUAGAUUUGAAUGAAGGCUUUACUAGGCCAAUAACUUGUACAGAGUUUCUAAUAUUAAAAUAUUCCCGGAUUUUAUUCAUCAGUAUAAUGGAUUUGGAGCUUAUUUUUCGUGCUCAUUUGAAUUUAUCCUUGUUGUUUGGCUACUUUGGAUUUUAUGGAAAAGUGUUGAAAGCUUGGUCCCAA